CAAGUUGUCUCAAAGUCCUCGACUAUUCCUAGUGUCACUUUGUUUGUGUCCUAUAAGCGUGUAAUAACACCAACGCACGCAACGCAUCAAAUAGGCUCAAACAAAAAACAUGACUAUCCCUCCAGCAGCAGUUUCCACAGGCAAGACUAGCCGGGUCCUCAUCGCCGGACCAACUGGUUUCAUUGGCCAGUUCAUCACCGGAGCCAGCCUUGCCUCCGGUCGACCCACUUACGUUCUUUUUCGAUCAAGUUCCGGUUGCCCCUCUAAAUCCAAAGCUAUCAAAUAUUUCCAAGACAGAGGCGCCAUCAUAUUGUUUGGGAGAAUCAAUGACAAGGAAUUCAUGGAGAAGACACUGAAGGAGCACCAGAUUGAUGUGGUUAUCUCUGCUGUGGGCGGUGAAGCAAUUUUGGAUCAGCUCCCUCUGGUGGAGGCCAUUAAUGCUGCUGGUACUGUCAAGAGAUUUUUGCCAUCGGAGUUCGGGCAUGAUUUGGACCGGGCUGAUCCGGUGGAGCCGGGGCUAACCAUGUACACUGAAAAGCGCCUUGUGAGGAGCUUGAUCGACAAGUACCAUGUUCCUUACACCUACAUCUGUUGCAACUCCAUCGCUUCUUGGCCCUACUACAACAACAAACACCCUUCCGAGGUCAUUCCACCCUUGGAUCAGUUCGAAAUCUACGGUGAUGGGACAGUCAAAGCUUACUUUGUUGCUGGGACUGAUAUUGGAAAAUUCACAAUGAAAACUGUGGACGACAUUCGAACUCUCAACAAAUCUGUCCAUUUCCAACCAAGCUGCAAUUUUUAUAACAUGAACGAGCUUGCAACUCUGUGGGAAAGAAAAAUUGGUCGGACCCUCCCUCGAGUCACCAUCACUGAAGAUGACCUGCUAGCCGCAGCUGCAGAGAAUUGCAUACCACAAAGCGUGGUGGCGUCGUUCACGCACGACAUAUUCAUUAAGGGCUGUCAAUCAAACUUUUCCUUGGAUGGUCCGGACGAUGUGGAAGUGUGUAAGCUGUAUCCGGACGAAUCGUUCCGUACGUUGGACGAAUGUUUCGAAGACUUCCUUGUGAAAGCAAAGAUGGAAGAUCUGUCGGUUAAAGAAGAUGAAAGUAACAAGACCAAUCCAGUGGUGGAGUCGCUGGCUAUCACAGCAACUUGUGCUUGAUAUGGAAAAUUAUUGUAGUUGUCGUUAUGUGUCUGUUUUAUUUAUUCAACUAUUGUUCUUCUGUGGGUUGUCAUGGAAACCCCGAAUUGUUGUUCUAUGUGGCUUAUUUGGAUCUCGAUGGGUUUACAACUACGGAUAUUAUUCUAUGUGCAAGUAUUUUUGAGCGAUCAAUAAAUGGUUGUGUUGUUUGGUGCAAAA